AACCAAGUGUUCCACUAGAGACGCAGUAAUGGCGGCUCUCGCUCCUCUCGCUUCCUUCUUCUCUAAUGUCCUCCUUUCCUCGCUACGGGCUUCCAAUCCAAAGGGCCUAAUGGUGCCGCCUGGAGUUCUCCUUCGUGCUCUGUCCACCUCUCCUCGUUCCAGGACCCGCCGUAGCAAUAAAGAGCUUUGGUGGGUCGCAAAGAAGAAGCCCUUGGCUCAGGUCUCUGCUGCCAAAGCGGAUGCCUUUCUAUCCAGUGAAAGCAGUGUGUAUCCUAGGUAUCCUGAAUACAAUCGUUUACUCCCGUGCCCACAGCAAAAUCAACCUCCAAGAAUUGAGCACCUUGUAGUUUCUGAAGGAGGCAUAGUAGUUGACUAUAUUUCCAAAGCUUUGGAUCUUCCCUCAUUGUUUGUUGCAGAUCUUAUUCAUUUUGGAGCUGUGCAUUAUGCACUUGUCUGCCCAAAACCUCCACCAAGUGCAACUCCUGAACAAGUUCGGCUGUUUAAAGAAGUGACAGAACCAUCAGUUCUGCAGAAGAGGUCAUCUCUCAGAGGGAAAACUGUGAGAGAAGCUCAAAAAACUUAUAGGAUAACUCAUGUUAAUGAAUUUGUUGAAGCUGGGACCUACUUACGUGUACAUGUACACCCAAAACGCUUUCCAAGGUGCUAUGAGGUUGAUUGGAAGUCCAGAAUUAUAGCUGUUACUGCUUCAUAUGUUGUUCUUGACAAACCAGCUGCUACUUCAGUAGGAGGAACAACUGAUAACAUUGAAGAAAGUUGUGCAACUUUUACUUCACGUGCUUUGGGAUUAGAAACUCCUCUGAGGACCACACAUCAGAUAGAUAACUGUACCGAAGGCUGUGUUGUGUUGGCCAAAACAAAGGAGUUCUGUGCCAUUUUCCAUGGAAUGAUUAGGGAAAAACAGGUGAAAAAGCUUUAUCUUGGUCUCGCUGCUGCACCUGUGCCAUUGGGAAUAAUUUCUCACUACAUGCGUCCUGUGAACAUUGCUCCAAGAUUAGUUUCAGAAGAUUUUAUUGAAGGAUGGCAUCUUUGCCAAUUGGAGGUUCUAGAAUGCAAGGAGGUCCCAUGGCCAAGUUCGGAUGUUGAGAGAAGGUACAACAUCGAGGGUUGUGGAUGGCCCUCGUGGUCCGUUGCCUAUGAAUGUAAAAUCAACCUCUUGACAGGAAAAACACAUCAGGUCAGAGCUCAGUUAGCUGCAAUCGGUGCACCACUCAUCGGUGACUCUAUGUACAUGCCUGCUGUGAUAUCAGAAAAGGCCAAUCCUCUCAUCAAUCCCUUUGGUGAGUAUAGAAAAGAAUAUACAAGUCAUGAAGAUAAAAUGGCAGCUGUCGAAGAGUGGAUUUCUCAGUACGGUAAAGAACCAAGUGCAGCUAUCGGACUUCAAGCAUCACAAAUCUCAUGGGACAACGGUGAGUGUUCCUAUGAGGCCGGGGCUCCAUGGUGGAGGCAUGGAAUAGCAUAAAUCUGACGAAGUUGAUUGAUAUAUGCUAAUCAACCAAAAGACGACAACGAAAAUUCUCAUGAUCAAACACAGGCUUCUGUUACUCUGAUGAAGCAGUUCAGCAUUGUGCUGUAAGGUAUUUUACUCGAUUAAGUUUUUUGUGGAGAAAGAGCACAGGAUGUGGAACUCUUGUUAACAAGCAGGAUGAUGAGCAGGAGUGAGAUCAAAUUUUCUUAAGAGGGUAAAAAUGAAGGGGCUGAAAGAAAGCUGUUUGUUUCC